AGUAAAGCAAUAGGGUAUGAACAAUUCGUCAUGUUGCAGCUGAGAGAAAAAAGAAUGAUCAAUCGUAAUCGGUCGGGAGCUUUACUAUAUAUAUAGCCUUUAAGGUAGUUAGUAGUUGACAAGCAUAUUUAGUAUGGAGUCAGCCUAUAUUGCGUUCAUAGUCUGCAGUUCUGUGAUCCUCUUUUUGGUAUUUUUGUGCUGCCUAAGCUACAGAGAAAAGCAGAAGAAGAAAGGAGCUGGCGAUGUUGAAAUAGGUGCGAGGAACCCCAGAGCUGGCCUCGGAUUAAAAGACGGCCGUAUGGUUGUUUUGGCCGGCGCUGGAGCCGCUGUCGCCGGUGUAGCAGCAACGACGACAGUGGUGAGUAGCAACAGUGGUGGUGCUCACCAGGGUUGUUGUUGCGGCGGUGAUGGUAGUGGUUGCGGUGGUGGUGGUUGUGGCGGUUGUGGUGGAUGUGGAGGUUAAUUUGUUUUGAAUGCGAUUUAGUAUGCGUUAGUGGCAAUUUUCUCUUUUAUUGGUUUGUUUUCUCCUCUUUCCUUUUUUGUUUUCCGUUUAAUGAAGGUGUUGGACAAUGAAGAACUGAAAAUUGUGGACAUGUAAAAUGCUUGGAUUAACUAUAAUGAGUUAAUUACAAGCCUAUGGUAAUAAUGUUGCUAUCCAAAUGACGUUUACUAA